CCAUUCUCAUGACAAACCAGGGUUUUGUGGUCCGAGCUCACAAACCCGGCCUCACACCAGUAUCUUGUCAAUUAAAGGCAAAUGGACGCGUGCAGCGACAGUAGUGUCGGUAACGGCAAUGCAUGGCUAGGUUCUGGUAGGGCUUAGGGCAAGUCAUCGGCGUCGAUUGGAGGGUGAGGUUAUGAACCAGUGAGGACGGUGGGCUACGCAGAUGUUGGAUAGACCAAUCGAGAGGACGCCGGAUAUAUUUCUUUCCCAGGCUCAAAGGCCAGGCAGGAUUGUAUUUUUAUUCCAAGGAGCAUAGCUUGUUAUGACCUGCCACUCCAAUUGGUUAGUGGUGAAGGUUUGGUAUUCUGACUAGAAAAUCUGGGUUGGGGCGCAUGUCGGUUUUGUGUGAGGAAUAGGCUGGGGUGGGCACAAGAGUUGGGGUUGAAAUGUUUAUCGUUUAUUUGCAAAAGUCAAGUGCACUCCGCUCACUUUGCAAUGAGGUGGAAGUGGAGAUAAGCAUCGAUACAGUGAGAAUCUGUUGGAUGGUCUUGUGUGGAAGGAAAUUAAGGUGUGAAAAUUCUGGCUAGGAAACAAAGAGGGACAGUCAAACUUGGGGAGAGAUGAUUUGCGUCCAAAGUUGAUAAGCCCACUAAGAUCACAAAAUCUUUGAACGACUGGAAAGACAGAUUCCCGCUGUAAAGCUAGCCCUCUCAAGAGUGACUAGUUGGGGCUGAUCAUAAAAGAAAAAGGAAAAGUACCACCAUACAUGGUUGGCUCCACCUUUCAGCCCUAUCUUCACUUUACAAUGUCGGAUUGCAUUAUUGGAGGUAACUCCUAAAAAGCAUCUUUGCAUAUAGAAGAACUUUUGUUUUUCCAUCCACGGCUAAGAAGAUUAAUUUCACCAAUUUGAGAGAGAGAGAGAGAGAAGAGGAGAAAGAAGAUCAGAAAUAUGGCUGACGCUGUUGUUUCAGUUGUGGCCGAAGGGAUCAAGCUGCUCGGAGACUACAUCCUACAGCAAGCAAAAUCCUCGAGUGGAGUCAGCUACCAAGUUAGGCUUGCACAAGUCGAGCUACACUUGAUGCGUGGCUUCCUGAAAGAUGCAGAUUCAAGAACUGGAGAAGAUGAAGUUGUGCGCAUUUGGGUAGAACUCAUUAGAGAUGCUGCUUAUGAUUUGGAAGAUGUCAUAGAAUCUUUCGCCUUAAAAUUGGCUUACAGGAGGAGAGGAGGUACUGUGAAGAUUGUUCUUAAAAGGUUUGCCUGCAUUUUCAGUGAAAGAGUUGAUCUUCACAAGAUUGGGUCGGAAAUUGAGGAAAUUAUGACCGAACUUUCUCAUUUGAGGUCGAGUUUGCAAAGUUAUAACAUAAGACAAGUAAGUGGGGGUGAAAGUGUGGCUUCUGUUUUUAAGAGGCAACGAGAUAGGAGGCUAACUUAUGCUCAUGAAGUUGAAAGUUAUAUUGUUGGGUUGGAGGAAAACACGAAAAGACUGGUGAAAGAGUUGUUAAGAGACGGAAAGUGUCACCGUGUUGUUUCUAUUUGGGGGAUGGGCGGCUCUGGAAAAUCCACUCUUGCAAAACAGGUUUUUCUUCAAAAUGAAGUUGAGCGCCAUUUUGAUUGUUUUGCUUGGGUCUGCAUAUCUCAACAAUGGGAAGGAAAGGAUGUAUUGGAAGAGAUUUUAAUUAAACUCACUUCCCCGGCAACAGAGGAAAGGAAAAAAAUUUCCAAAAUGAAAAAGGAUGAAAUAGCAGGGGAGGUCUGUAGUAUCCAAAGACAAAAGAGAUGUCUCGUGGUCCUUGAUGACAUAUGGACUCAAGAGGCUUGGAAUUCGAUAAAGCCUGGAUUCCCAAUCACUCAGGAAACAGAAAGCCGGAUAUUACUCACUUCUCGGAAGAAAGAAGUCGCCUUGCUUGCAUCCAGAAAUGGCUAUCUCCACCAGCCUCAGCCUCUAGAUGCCAUGCAAAGCUGGGAACUGUUUGAAAAGAUAGCCAUCUGUGGAAGCGACAAAACAGACUUGCCAAUUUAUGAAAAGAAGAAAAAAUUAGGAGAGAAGAUGCUUAUACAUUGUUCAGGUCUACCAUUAGCCAUCAGUGUGCUCGCUGGUCUUCUUAGUAGACGAGAGACGGUUGAUGAGUGGAACAAAGUACUUGAAAAUGUUGUUGUAUACAUAAUGAGAGGCACAAAUGUCCUUGAAAGAGAAAAGACGAGUCAGGAGUGUGGAGUUUCAGGUGUCUUGGCAUUGAGUUAUGAUGACUUACCAUCUCACUUAAAACUCUGCUUUCUGUAUUUAGCCCAAUAUCCUGAGGAUCAUGAGAUACAGGUAACAAGAUUGACUCAAUUAUGGAUUGCAGAAGGGUUUAUACCUUCAACAUCAGAAAUACAUGGUUCGGUGGAAAUAAUGGAAGAUGUAUCAUAUGGUUGCCUAACUGAACUGGUGCAAAGAUCUAUGGUUCAAGUUGGAAAAUAUGGUUUUAGUGGGAAGGUGAAAAGUUGCCGUCUCCAUGAUCUGAUGCGGGACUUGUGCUUGCAAAAGGCAAAAGAGGAGAACUUUCUUGCUAUUGUUAACUUUUCUGUGGGUCCGGUAUCUUAUGCAACGCUGAUUGGUAAGGUUCGAAGACUUGCCCUCUAUUUGGACGAAAAUAAAUAUGAGUUCAGUAGUGAGAAUGGAAGAGAUGGCCGCAUUAGGUCUCUAUUAUACUUUGCCCCACAAAAGAGUUCUACCAAAAGUGGAACAAAAGAAUAAUACGAUCAGUAUUCAAUGACUUCAAUUUGAUUAGAGUCUUGAAGUUUGAAAAUAUAUGUAGGGAGUUUGAGUUGCCAAAGACGAUUGGGAAUCUAGUCCACCUGAGGUUCCUGAGUCUGAAGAAUAGUGCAUUUCGUGGGUUGCCAUCAUCUGUAUCUAAUCUGGUACUUUUGCAAACUCUAGAUCUGCGGGGUAAUUCUUUAGAACAUGGUUCUUGUUUUUGGAUUGAGUGGGAUACCAAAAUCAGAAAUGUGUUUUGGAAUAUGG